GCUUGCAAAUGCACCUGGGUUAAAUCCUCGACCGGAUCUUGUCGAACACUUGGGAAUAGGCAUGGGACAAAGGUAAGCCUAAUGAGUCGGGUGCCUUUGGUAUGUUCGGAGUCGGCACUGUACACACAGACCAAAAUACUACAAAAUUCUGCCAUAAACUGAAGGUACUGUUUUCACAGGAGUUAAUUGUAUAUAGGCCACAUUACAUGUAUGCAUUUCACAAAAUGUUUCCUUCUAAAUAAAGAGUAAGUCAUCGUGGGGUUUUGCUACAUGUAUUACAUUUUACAUUGAUUCUAUCAGUUCAUAUUCACAACAUAAUAAACACGGAAAAGUGGGCUGAUAGUAUUACAAUGUUGUAACUAUUAUUAGGGGAUUUAACUUUCAUUACUUUUUGGCAUGCAGAAAAAUUAUCUCCCUUGUUCCGUGAAAUAGACAACCGAUUGAACUGUGUCAUGCGCGUUGACCUAUAUGUAGUGUUGUGGGUUUAGUGUUGGCGGACAGCCCGAAGAAGCCUGUAUUAUAGUUACGGUGAACUGAGCGGAGAUACUGUUCAACUGUGGUAAAUAUGAGUCUCGCUGGAAAAGUGUCUCUCAUCACCGGGGGAGCUCAAGGGCUGGGGAAAAAGUUCGGGGAGAGCCUUCUGCAGAAAGGGGCAAAGGUUUGUGUGGCCGAUAUCAACCAAACAAAAGGGGAGACAACUGUGAAAGACUUUACGGAGCGAUUUGGCCACGGAAGAGCAUUGUUUGUUAAAUGUGAUGUUACGUCGGAAAAAGAUUUUGAACAUGCCUUCAAACGAGCAAAGUCCGAAUAUGGGAGGAUUGAUAUCGUGUGCAACAAUGCUGGUAUUGGUGACGAGACGAGAUGGCGACAGACUAUCGAUGUAAACUUGGUUGGUGUCAUGCAAGGUACCAUAUUAGGUAUAAAGUAUAUGCGCAAGGACAAUGGUGGAGAGGGGGGUCUUAUCGUCAACAUUGCUUCCACCGCAGGUUUGAUUCCGGUUGACUUCAUGCCAGCUUAUGUUGCCAGUAAGACGGGCGUGGUUGCUUACACACGCAGCUGGGCAGAAAACUCUCUGAAUCGUAAAACAGGAAUCCGGUUUUGUGCUCUGUGUCCGUCUUUUGCCGACACGAUAUCAUCAAAUUGUCCAAUACCGAAGGUGUCGACACUUCUCGAUUUGAGAUGGCCCUUAAAGUGGUUGGUAUAAUGAGACCGGAAGUGGUAGCUGAAGCGUUUAUGGAAUUGGUGGAGGACGAACAUAACAAUGGCUCAGUGUUAUGUGUAACGAAGCAUCACGGGAAGCAAUACAUCCCUCCUCCCCCGAAGUUAUAGCUAAGCAUUAAGUAGAAGCCGUUACAGAUAUACAUUAAUUUUAUACCAAUGCUUACGUUGGUCGUUUAUUCCCUGACCUGGCUCAUUUUGUUUAAGGAAAAUAUUUAUGCACCUAAGCCGUUAUGCCUCAUACUUGUAUGUAGUGGCUUUUGUGAUUGAAAUUCUAAGGUGUGUAUUAUUUUUUCUCAAAAGGAGGGCCAUAAAUGAUCAAUUCUGUUAUACGUAUUUUACAUACUUGAUAUAUUCAGACGAUUUUAUAUUACUCAGGAAUGAAUAUGAAUUGAGGAUACUUUCGGAUAUGAGCACAAUGGCUGAUGCAUGGUUGAACCCAAGAUGUCAUCAUCAAGGUUUACAGCCAUGACACUAUAACAGCUGAACGACUCAUACCUGGCUAAACCCAAUAUAUGAGGAUAUUAAGGUUUACAUCUAUGAUGUAAUUAGUAAAUAGCAAAAAUAAAUAACAAGAAUUAUGUUUUAUCAAAUAAGUCGUUAGGAAGAGAUCUCCGGUAAGUCGUGCGAUCGACAUAGCAAUUAUCUGGCGUUCUCGAAAUCUUUAUUAUGUCGUGCGAUCGACUGAACAAAGAUCUCACGCUGUAUCUUGUGUGCACGACCUAAUUGUGCAUUUCCAUUGGUCAGUUGUCUCGUGAAAACGACAGUUGAACAUAACUGAAACUUAAAGUUGUGUGGGGGCCUCCGUGGCUCACUUGGUUAGCGCGUGUUUAUGGAAUAUGUAUUGUACAGAAACAGUAUGAUACAGAUAUUCUUUAAACACAUUCAUUUUGUAGUUUGUGGACUCACCAAAAAAUAAAUCAACAAUCAAUCUAUA